AUGGAUCUGCCGGCUAAACAGCCGUUCUCGACUGCCUUUGUCUUCAGCCACGUCUUCGACGAGUUCGUCUACAACCCUGAUGCCGCACGGCCCUCACAGCCGUCCCAGGACGACGAUGACGACGAAGUGACCACAACGGCGUUCGACAUCCCUCUCGGCACCCUUAUGGACUGCCUCAACGUGUUCGGCACAGCGGGUGCCUCUAGCACUUCACAGAAGAAGAAGAAAACACGCGAGGACGGGGAGGACUCCGACGGCGGCGGUGGUCGCGCGGAUAGGAAGGGCAAGGGGAGGGCGGACGCAGGGGACGCGGGAGGAAACGCGCGCCUCGACCAGUGGUUUGCCCCUGGCAAAGGCACAGGCAUGCGCAUGUCGUACGCGGGGCCUGGCCAUCCUUUGACGUUGCUCGUGUGA